AUGUUUUGCACUCGUGCAAUAAGCAAUAAUGAUUUGCAAAGUACUGAAGCAGCUGAGACUUUUGUGCUCACAACUCCACUUUAUUAUGUUAAUGCCCCUCCUCAUAUGGGGAGUGCUUACACCACUAUCGCUGCUGAUGCCAUUGCUCGAUUUCAGAGGCUUUUGGGAAAGAAAGUUAUAUUUGUAACGGGAACGGAUGAACACGGUGAGAAGAUAGCUGCUGCUGCUGCUGCUGCUGGUUCCACCCCAAGGGAGCAUUGUGAUGUCAUAUCUCAAGCUUACAAGACACUUUGGAAAGAUUUAGAGAUUACUUAUGACAAGUUCAUUCGAACAACUGAUCCUAAGCAUGAAGCAAUUGUGAAGGAAUUUUAUUCAAGGGUUCUUGGCAAGGGUGACAUUUACCGAGCUGACUAUGAGGGAUUGUACUGUGUCAACUGUGAGGAGUAUAAGGUGGAUGAGAAGGAGCUACUUGAUAACAACUGUUGCCCUAUGCACCUCAAGCCAUGCAUUCAGCGGAAGGAGGAUAAUUACUUCUUUGCCUUGUCGAAGUACCAAAAACAAUUAGAAGAAAUUUUGACACAGAAUCCAAAACUCGUGCAGCCAUCAUUUCGUCUGAAUGAGGUGCAAAGUUGGAUCAAAAGCGGUUUGAAAGAUUUUUCAAUUUCUCGUGCAGCAGUGGAUUGGGGCAUUCCUGUUCCUAAUGACAAUAAGCAGACUAUAUAUGUUUGGUUUGAUGCUUUACUUGGCUAUAUAUCAGCUCUAUCAGUGGAAAAGGAGCAACCAGAUUUACAAACUGCUGUUUCUUUUGGCUGGCCUGCUUCACUACAUUUGAUUGGCAAGGACAUUUUACGUUUUCAUGCAGUUUAUUGGCCAGCUAUGCUAAUGUCUGCUGGACUAGACCUUCCUAUGAAGGUCUUUGGGCAUGGAUUUUUGACAAAGGAUGGUAUGAAGAUGGGGAAGUCACUGGGGAAUACACUUGAACCAAAUGAGUUGGUUCAUAAUUUUGGGGCAGAUGCAGUCAGAUAUUUCUUCCUUAGAGAGGUGGAAUUUGGUAAUGACGGGGACUACUCAGAAGAACGUUUCAUCAACAUUGUCAAUGCACAUCUUGCAAAUACCAUAGGAAACCUUCUUAAUCGCACGCUUGGUCUUCUUAAAAAGAACUGCCAAUCAACUUUGGUAGUUGAUUCAGCUGUUGCAGCUGAAGGAAAUGUAUUCAAGGACACCGUUGAGAAAUUAGUUGAAAAGGCUCAAAUUAAUUAUGAAAAUCUCUCAAUAUCAGUGGCGUGUGAGGCUGUACUAGAGAUUGGUAAUGCUGGGAAUGCCUACAUGGAUGAGAAUGCACCUUGGUCCCGUUUCAAGCAAGGGGGUGCUGCUUCUGAAGCUGCUGCAAAGGAUCUUGUAAUUAUAUUGGAAGCAAUGAGGAUCAUAGCAAUUGCUUUGUCCCCUGUCGCCCCCAGUUUAUGUUGGAGAAUAUAUGAACAGCUUGGCUACUCUAAGGACCAUUUUAACACAAGUGGGACCAAGUGGGGUGGCCUGAAGGGUGGUCAGGUCAUGGCUCAACCUAAACCAGUCUUUGCAAGGAUUGAGAAUAAAACAGAGCUGGAAGAUGAAGCAACGACUAAGAAACCUGUGAAAAGCAAGCAGAAAAAACCUGAAGUUGAAGUAGCUGCAGAAGCUUAG